GGUGAGGAGCGAGCUAUCAAACAGUUUAUGUUCAAGUCAUGGCCAGACUACCAAACCACACCAAAUUCAGUGAGCCCACUGCUGCGACUUUACCACAUGGUUAAUGAUUGGCUGAGACAAAACAGCAAGGGUCCAGUUACAGUACACUGCAUGAAUGGAGCAAGUAAAAGUGGCGUUUUUGUGGCUAUGUGUCUUCUCCUUGAGCGACUGGAGCUGGAUUAUGAAGUGGACGUAUAUCAAACUGUCAAGCAAAUUCGGAUUAACCGACCACAAUUUAUAGAAAAUUUGGAGCAGUACAAGUUUCUACACCAGAUUGUACAAGAGUACAUGGAUCAAGAGUAG